AUGGCGGUCCUCCGACAUGAUCUCAACACUGGCUGGUCCUUGAAGCAAAAAGAUGAUUCUUCAGAAACCUCAUGGCUUCCGGUGGCCAAGGUGCCCAGCGAGGUUCACGUCGACCUCCUCGCCAACAAGCAAAUCCCAGACCCCUUCUUGGACAUGAACGAGCUCGCAGUCCAAUGGGUCGCCGAAAAGGACUGGGUUUACCGUACCACGUUCCCAACCCCAUCCUCGUCAGCCUCCAACCUCGUCACGGAUCUCGUCUUCGAGGGCCUCGACACCUUCGCCACAGUCACCCUCAACGGCACGGAGAUCCUCACGUCCGACAACAUGUUUCUCAGCCACCGCGUGAACGUCUCGCAGCACCUCAACCCCAGCGGCACCAACAACACCCUCGAAAUUGUUUUCGCCUCCGCUCUUCUCAAAGGCAGGCAGCUCGUCGAGCAGCACUCGCACGAGCACCGCUUCAUCGCCCGCCAGACGGAACAGGGCCGCAUCCCCGUCCGCAAGGCGCAGUACCACUGGGGCUGGGACUGGGGGCCCAUCCUCGUCACCGCGGGCGUGUGGAAGCCCGUGUACUUGGAGCAGUACGCCGCCCGCGUCGACGAUGUCUGGGUCAAGAGCGAAGUCAGCCCGGACCUCGGCUCCGUCUCGGGGCGAAUCAUCGCCAGCACGCAAGGCUCCUCUGUUGGCGCCGCGAAGCUCUCCGUGACAUUCGCCCUCGACGACAAAGUCGUGCUCCAGAAAGACCUCGUGCCUGACAAUACUGGCGCCGUGGAGACAGAUUUCCGUCUCGAGAGCCCCCAGCUCUGGUACCCCUUCACCCACGGCCCGCAGCCCCUCUAUACAAUCACCUCGAACCUCAUCCACGCCGACGGCACCGUCCUCGCAACCCACACCCAGAAAACGGGCUUCCGCCGCGUCGAGCUGGUCCAGCAGCCCGACUCCCGCGGCAAGUCCUUCUACUUCCGCAUAAACAACACGGACGUCUUCGCCGGCGGCUCCUGCUGGAUCCCCGGCGACAGCUUCCUCUCGACCAUCUCGGCUGAGCGCUACCGUGCCUGGGCGAGCUUGCUCGUCGCCUCGAACCAGGUCAUGCUACGCAUGUGGGGCGGCGGCGUCUACGAGGCGUCCGCCUUCCUCGAGGCCUGCGACGAGCUGGGCGUGCUGGUCUGGCACGACUUCUGCUUCGCGUGCGGGAGCUACCCGACGUACCCGUCUUUCCUGGCGUCGGUCAAGGCGGAGGCGCGGGAGAAUCUGAGGAGGAUGCGGGGGCACCCGUCGAUUGUCAUCUGGGCAGGGAACAACGAGGACUACCAGGUGCAGGAGCGGUACCAGCUGGAGUACAAGUUCGAGGAGGACAAGGAUCCGCAGUCGUGGCUGAAGUCGACUUUCCCGGCGCGGUAUAUCUACGAGGAGCUACUCCCGCGGGUGGUGCGGGAGGAGAGCCCCUGGACGGUGUAUCAUCCGAGUAGUCCGUGGGGUGACGGGAAGCCGACCGCGGACGCGAGUGUUGGUGAUAUCCACCAGUGGAAUAUUUGGCACGGUACCAUGAACAAGUACCAAGACGCCGCCCAGAUGACAGGGCGCUUCAUCAGCGAGUUCGGCCAGGAAGGCUACCCGCACCUCUCCACAACCACGGCGAUGAUCACCUCUGCCAGCCAGCGGCGGCCGGGUAGCAUGGCGAUGGACUUCCGCAACAAGGCGUAUGACCACGAGCGGCGGAUGAUGACAUACAUCGCCGAGAACUUCUCCAUCAAAUACGACCUCGCGUGGUUCACGUACCUCACGCAGCUGAUGCAGGCCGAGACCAUGUCGUUCGCGUACAAGGCGUGGCGGCGCGACUGGGGCCGGCCCGGGCACCGCGGCUGCGGCGGCGUGCUGGUGUGGCAGCUCAACGACUGCUGGCCGACCGUCUCCUGGGCCGUGGUGGACUACUGGCUGGUGCCGAAGCCGGCGUUCUACGCGAUCGGGCGGGCGCUGCGGGCGCUGGAUGUGUGUGUGGCGAGGAGGGUGGACGAGUGGACCAAGUGCCAUGCGGACCCGACGCUGGGGGCGCGGGGGACGGAGUUUGAGGUGUGGGUUGCGAGUGGGAAGACGGCGGAUGUCGAGGGAACUGUUGAGGUUAGGUUUGUGUCGAUUGAGACCGGCGAGGAGGUUAGAGAGCGGAUUGAGAGGGCGGUUACGAUUGCUGCGAACGCGACGACUGAGGUUCUGGGGAAGACGAAGGUUGCGGCUUUGAAGGAGGAGUUUGGGGACGAGAGGUUGCCGUUUAGUCCGGAGAAUGAUGUGCCGUUUGUGAUUUGCGCGACGUUGGUGGUUGAUGGCGCGGUUGUUGCGGAGGACUUUGCGUGGCCGCAGCCGUUGAAGUACCUGGAGUUUUCUGAUAGAAAGGUCAAGGUUGUUGCGGAGGAGGAGAGGUUGGUUGUCUCGGCAGAGAAGCCUGUGAAGGGCUUCAUCAUUCAAGAGGAGAGGGGGAUGAAGCUGAGCGACAACGGAUUUGAUGUUGUGCCAGGUGUCGAGAAGGUGAUUAGUGUUCAAGGGAUAGAGGCAAAGAAGCUGAGGUGGACAUAUCUCGGGGCGCCGGAGUCUUCGUUGGGGAUUACUCAGUAA